AUGAACUCCACUUUUUCAUCACUCUCCCUUGAUCCCGUUGAUGAUGUUGCCUUAGCAGAUUUAUCUAUCCUCGUGGUGGAUGUUUCACGUUCUGUUGGGGGGAAAGAUGUGAGGAGUGGUUGGAGAGAGAAGACUUUGCAGUUUAUUCUAGAGAUUUUCAUAAAGAACCAGUACUUAUCUCUGGUCGUGAGGAGGAUUAUUAAGAGAGAGAUCUCCAUUAUGAAGAUAGUGAGAGAUCCCAAUAUUGUGAAACUGCAUGAGGUUUUGUCAAGCCAUACAAAGAUAUAUAUAAUACUGGAAUUUGUCACUGGAGGGGAGCUUUUUGACAUAAUUGUAAGCUCUACUUUUUGAUAAAAGUACUUUUUGACAGAAUUGUAAGCCAGAGGAUACUUUCAACAACUUAUUGAUGCAGUUGCCCAUUGCCAUUCCAAGGGUGUCUACCAUAGGGAUUUAAAGCCUGAAAAUCUCCUUCUUGAUUCCAAAUAAAGGCUAAAGGUUUCAGAUUUUGGACUCAGUGCACUCCCAUACAUUUUCCAGGGUGUUAAGCUUUUAUAUACCCCUGGUGGAACCCCAAAUUACAUCGCACCAAAGGUUUUAAGAAAAUGCGGAUAUGAUGGUGGGGCUGUUGAUAUCUAGUCAUGUGGAGUUAUCAUGUAUGUCCUGUUGACCGGAUAUCUUCCAUUCGAGGAUUUAGAUCUUCCAACUUUGUAUAAAAAGGUCAGUGUUGCAGAGUUUUCAUAUCCUUUCUGGUUUCCUUCUGGUGCGAAGUCAUUACUAGACAAGAUUCUAGAUCCCAACCCUCAAACUGUGUGUAUAUGUAAUAACAUUGUACUUUCAAAGUAUUGUGUGUCAUUAACAUGCGCGUUGUAA